CUUCAGCACCCGUGCAGAAUGCCAACCUGCAGAGCUCUUCCGGAGGCGGAUAAUCCCCAUCUCUACGCUUCUAAUGCAAUCAGGAAGGAAUAACUAUAACUCACUUUAAAGGAAACACGUUUUCGGAAUUUAAUGCAAGUUAAGACCUACAUUUCCAGCAUUAGGAAAAGCUUGGACGAGGACGGAGAUGGAUAUUUGCGUUUCGUAUUAUUGUGUAAAUAGCCACAUCUGACAGAGAUAAGCCAAUCCUCGUAUAAUGUGACAGCUGCUGUCGCAUUUCAUAUAUUUGGGAGAAACUACAAAGAGAAAUUCCUUCUUACAUUAUUUUUUAUUUCAGCACCAUGGUCAAUUACAAUCUCGGGUUGACUUUAAUUAUCGCUGCUAUUUGGCGGAUCAGUGGCGUACAACUAAGUCCUGUUUCACCGGCGACGCUGCUGAACUCAACAUCAUCAUCCACCAUCAGCGAACAUGAAAUGACACAUAAUGUCACAGACACCGCCGUGGGAUCCCGGAUUUCAUCUCUAAUGACGCAUCUUCCAACUCUGAAAAACAUUGUUAUUUUCAUCUGCGUGCUAACAGCUGUUCUUAUCACAUGCCUGGUCAUCAAAGUGGUCAGAUCUGGGAGAAGAAUCAGAAAAACACGAAAAUAUGACAUUAUAACGACCCCCGCUGAACGUGUGGAGAUGGCCCCUCUAAAUGAGGAGAAUGAUGAUGAGAUGGAUGACUCAACCCUCUUUGAUGUGAAAUACAGGUAAAUGCCAGCAUGGACAUCACCAUUGGAUAACUCGUGUUUUGCCUGGAAUAACUCAAGUGAUUUCUGUAUGUUUGUGCUGUUCAAGUCUUAUCGAAUCAGCAACUUCACAUGCUGCUUGCGCAUGGCUUUUAUCUGUGUUAAAGGACUGGAGCCGCAUGGAUAUCAUAGUUAGCUGCUUCAAUGACGUUUCUAUCAUAUGGCGCAAAUAACCUGCACAAUACUUUCUGAUAUUAGAGAUCAGAGUGCUUUUUCUCAGAAGUCAUUUAGUUAUCGCCUUUAUAAAAACUUGGAAAUUACAUGGAAAAAACAUUUUAAAGUCAUCUCAUUUUUACAUUUGAGCUACAUUGUGUUGAUCUGAGGAGUUUACGAUCCAACGCCUGCUUUAAAGAUAUAAUCCUCCCAUAUUAAAACUAAAGACCAUCAGAUAAUGCAUAAAAUGUUAACAUGUAACAAAUAAUCUGCAGAGAAUACUUUAUUCAAAUAUAAACAUUUGCACACGAUGAAGAAUCUAUUGAUAUACUGUUAUUGAUAUUUUUAACAAAACUUUAAUACCAAAUAUAUUUCUAUCUACUCACCACUUAAUUGUGCAUAUAUACUGUUGACGGUGGUCUGUCCGUAUGUAUGGAGUAAGCGUAUAUUUUUUUACCAUGUGUUGUCUUGUUUUGCUGCUAUGUUAGCUGAAGUUUUACGUUUUGUAAGAUGUUGAAAUUUGAUAAGAAUAUCAAAUCAUAUAGUCAGGGUAUUUUGUAAGGUGUUAAUGAAUUACAUCCAUUUGAAUGUGAUGGCGUAAUCUGUUAUGUGUUCGGGUAUGUUUAGUCAAGUGACUUCAUUAAAUUUAGUAACCACUGAACAAUCGCAACAACAGGUUUAAACAACGCAGAGAUGUAGUUACAGUAUUUACAUGUGCCAAGUGUCUUAUUUUCUAAACCAAAAAAAUGUUAUUUCAGUGUAAAAUUAUCCCCCGAAUCUGGUAUCUCUUUAAAAUAGUAGGCGAGGCGAUAGUAAAGUAUUUUGGAAAAUCUCCCCCAAGAAUUGCAGUUAAUGGCUCACUGACUCUUGUAAUGUCUUACCUAAAAAGCACUCGGUCUUUCCCCCUUAACAGUACGUUCCCUGUGCCAAAUGGACUCUGGUAGACAAAGUUCCUUCAACUUGCUUUGAAAAAGAGUGUUGAGGACCUUUUUGACAUUUAUUUAAUAUCGAUUUGAUUCAUCAGUAUUGAAUUACUAUAACAAAUGAAAACAAUUAAGUUGUUAUAUCUUUAUUUCAAAUACCAAAUACACAAGAAUCAACCAAUAGUCGGAUAUAAAGGGCAGGAAUGAAAUAUCUGACAUGUUCACAAACUGGUCCGUGUUUGUGCCCUAAAUGUAAUUACAGCAACAACAUAGCAAAAUUCACCUAGAUUAGGUUUCUGCAGCAAAUGCAAGUGUUGUAGGUGACCUUCUGUUUUUAAUCCAAACUGUUAUUUGAUAGUGUGAAAUGGCAUACAGCUGCAGCUGCUUCUGAAUGACCUCCGUCCAUAGUUAACAAAGAAAACUGCAAUGCCCGACUUGUACUGCAUUUUCUUUCCGGGAGAAAGAACGUUUUGUAUUUUUCCUUUGUUGACAUUUACAUAAGACUGGUUCCUUUUUUUGUCACAGUUAGAUGCACAAGUGAUAUGGUGUGUGUGUGUGUGUGUGUGUGUGUGUGUGUGUGUGUGAAUGUAUGAUUCAGUUUUUGAAAUUGAUUCAAACUUUCGAUCAUGUGAUUUGUAUCAUUUCCUCUAGCAGAUUGCUGGCUAUUUCCUGUGGUUUCCAUUAGACUAUAUGACCACUGUUAUUUUCGAUAGUGUCAUGUUUCCUGUAUGUUCUUUACUGUAUGUGGAGUAAAUUGCAGAUCCAUUAGUGAGUCUCAGGGGAGUUUCACCCUUGAACAGCUGUCCUCCUCCAUCCUGGAACCGUCUUUUAUUUUAUCUUUAGUUGUGCGUGUAAUUGUGGAAAAACCCUUCUUGUCUGAAGAUGCUAUUUCUGUACUUUUAUUAGAACUGAAUUAUCUCCUACAGACAGUUCCUGUUGUAAAAUGAAUCAACGUCAUUGUGGUAGCUAUUUGAAGACUGUAUCUAAUUGCUCUAAUCCCACAUUUAAACGAAAACAAGUUAAAUGUUCAAACUGUUUUGGAAGUUUAUUGAAUUCAAGUCCCUGUUUUUUGACACAGAGACAUCAUGUGUACCCACAGCUGUAUCCUUGGUUUCCAUUUCUUUGAAACACUACUGAAAUAAAACUGCUUCCUUUGAAGUGUUAAAUAGUUUUAA